AUGGGAAAUUACAAGUAUUUGCUUAUAAUAUUCGCAGUUUUCAAUGUUUUAUACUCGAUUUCGGAGAUUUUGACACCCAUUGGCGUCACAGGAAACAAGCACGGCUUUGUGGUAUUUCUCACCGAGGGUCCGUUUUUCGAACACCCAGAAAUCGGACAGCAUGUGAUGUCCAAUCGCUGCGGAUUCAUUUCGCUCAGUUACGCUCUACUGAUAAUCCAUUUCGUCUAUCGAUACAUGGCCCUUUUUCACCCCGAAAAGCUGCACAUUUUCUUCCGACCAAUCGGUAUCCUCAUUGCUAUUCUUUUUCUUCUGGCUCAUGCUGCAUCUUGGUCCUUGAUCUGCCAACAAUGUCUGGCUGGAAAUGAAGAGGUCCGAGAAAUUCUAGCCGACGAGUUUCUCAAGGACUUUGGCGCAGAUUCAAAAAAACUUCCAAUGCUCGCAGCCUUAUAUUAUGACGCCAGUGACUACAUUCGAAUCCGAAGUUGGGUUGGGAUUUUUCUCCUCACGAUUACCUCUUUCUACUCAAUGAGUGUAUAUUUUGUGCUUGGGUUUAAGAUAAUGCGAAAAAUCUCCGUCAUGCAGUCUACCAAUAAGCUCAGCAAAAACAGUAUUUGUCUACAAAAACAACUUUUUCAGACGCUAAUUAUACAGACUUGCAUCCCAAUCGUUGCCAGCUUCCUCCCUACCGUAAUCUCCUGGUACGCACCAAUAUUCUCCAUCAAUAUGGAAUGGUGGAAUACAAAUGUGGCUACCGUAGCCCUGGCCGCAUUUCCAUUUAUCGAUCCAUUAGCUGUGAUCUACCUGAUUCCUAGCUAUCGAAAUGCGUUAUUGAGGAGGAAAGGGCAUGCGAUUGAUGAUAGUACGGGUACGAAGAAUCGAAGGAUUUCGAAAAUCAGUUCUUAUGUUUCUGCGAAUAUUCAUUCCAAUGUUUCUAAUGCUUGA